UUUGGGUAAAAUUUUCCUGCUAGUACUCCAGAGAGAUUCGUUCGUUUAACAGACAUCGUUGAUAAUAACAUCCACAACUAGAUUAACCCCAAGAGAAAUAGAAUUUUUUUUUGAAAUAUUAAAAAACUUCAAACCUUGAAAAGAUGUCAAACGAAACUGUCGUUAAACGAACGGUCAAAAGGACAACCGUUUCAGCAAGCGGAGGUGGAGGUGUUUCCGGUUCCGGUGUCAUUGACCUCUCGUCCGAUGGAAGCUACCAGAAAUUGCACCACUACCAGGUUUACAGAGGUCUGUCCCCAUCAUCCGCCAACCGUCUGGAGUCGAAAUUCAAGGAACUGGAAGAAGCUGCAGAGUACGAAAGGGCUCUCAGACUGAAAGCCGAGAAGGAAUUAGCUGAUCUGAGUUUCCAGUUUGACAGCUUCACCGAGAGAUUGGAGGAAUCAGAGGCUACAGCUGCUGCCCAGAGCGAACUGGCCAGACGCCGCGAGUACGAGCUGCAGAAGUUGAAGAAGGAAUUUGAGCUGUUGAGCAUCCAACAUGAGUCAGCUGAUGCUGCCCUCAGGAAGAGGCACCAGGAGAUCGUAUGCGAGUUGACUGAACAGCUGGAGAUGCUGAACAGGAAUAAAAAUAAAGGCGACAAAGACAAGCAAACAUUGACCAUUGAAAUCGAGACCAUGGCAGGACUCCUGGAAAACUCCAACAAAUGCAAGCUCGUGGCAGAAUCAAAACUGAACAGCCAGGAAGACAUGAUCCGCAAGCUGAAGGCUCAAGUAGACGAGUUGACCCGCCAGAACCACGAUUUGGCAUCGGCCAAGGCCAGACUGACCCAGGACAACCACAACCUGAUGCACCAGGUACAGGAUCUAGACAGGAGCAACGCUGACCUCGCCAAGGCCAAAGCCCUCCUCCAGCAACAAGUUGAUGACCUGAAGAACAGACUGGAUGAGGAGUCGAGGUUGAGAGAACAGCUGGCAGCACAGCUAGCCAACUUGCAAGUGGACUUCGAGAGUUUGCAGCUGAAAUAUGACGAGGACACUGACGCUCAGGGCAACCUCCGCAACCAGCUGCAGAAAGCUCUGGCCGACUACCAGGCCCUCAAAAGCAAAUACGAUAGUGAAAUCGUUGUCGUCACUGAGGAACUCGAAGACACCAGACGCAAGCUGUUGGCCCGCGUGACUGAAUUGGAAGAACUUUUGGAGCAGGCCAAGUUGAGAAUCAUCAAACUUGAGAAGGACAAGAGCAAGUUCCAAAUUGAAAUCAGAGACAUCUCCAUUGAGUUGGAAUCUGCACACGCCAAUGCCAACGAGCUCGGCAAGAAGUUGAAGGGUGCCGACGGAUUGGGCAGUGAGUUGCAGAAACGUGUUGAGGAACUGACCAUCGAACUGUCCAACUCAAAUGGAGACAACCAGAGACUCAUCGCUGAACUCGGCCGCCUCAAAGCACUUCUCAAAGAUCUCGAAGAGAAGAACGAUGGUCUGGCCAGAGAGAACAAACAACUUUCGGAUGCACUCCGCGAAGCUCUCAGCCAGAACAAAGAUCUUUCGCACAAACUGCACGACGUGCAAGCCAGGAAGCAACAGCUGGAAGGCGAGAAGGACGCCCUGGCUCUCGAGUUGGCCGAAGCAAACGACGCCCUGAAGGACGCCCUCUCAAGACUUGAAGCCGCUAACAACGCUCUCAGUCAGCUCAGAGCUGAACUGGAACGUCGUCUGCGCGAGAAGGAUGACGAGAUCGACAACAUCAGAAAAGCGAGCCAGAGAGCCAUCGAAGAACUGCAGAGAGCGAUCGCAGAGAUUGAGAACAAGUACAAAGCAGAAAUUGCGAGGUUGAAGAAGAAGUUCGAAGGAGACAUUCGCGAAUUGGAAUUGCAACUGGAGAACCUCAACAGAGCAAAUGCUGACCUCGCUAAGAACAACAAAGCUCUGAUCGCUAAGAUUAAAGAACUUGAACUUGCAUUGGACGAGGAACGUCGUCGCGCAGAGGAGGCCAGACAGGCAGCUGCUCUCCUCGAUAGGAAGAGGGUGGCCCUGCAAGCCGAACUGGAUGAUCUCAGAGGAUUGCUGGAAGUGGCCGAUCGCGGUCGCAAAGCAGCAGAGUUGGAGCUGAGCGAGGUGACGACCAGAGUGAACGAACUUUCCGUCACGCUGUCCAGCUCAACGUCCGACAGACGCCGCUUCGAGAGCGACAUCGCAGGUUUGCACGCCGAACUUGAAGAAGCCCUGUCAGCCAAGAGAGCCGCCGAGGACCGCGCCGAUCGUCUGCAAGGUGAACUCGGCCGCUUGGCUGACGAGCUGAGACAAGAGCAGGACAACUACAGAAACGCCGACGGAGCCAGGAGGGCCUUGGAAGUCGAAAUCAGACAACUGGCCGUCAAGCUGGAGCAGGCUGAAGCAUUCGGACAGCGUGAAGCCAAGAGAAUCGUUGACAAAUUGCAGUCAAGAUUGCGCGACCUGGAGACUGAAUUGGAAGCCGAACAGCGUCGUUCACGCGACUUGACAGCAGAGGUCCGCAAGUUGCAGCGUCUGCUGCAAGAACAGAAGACGCAAUCUGAUGACGACCGCCGCAUCGCCGCCGAACUCAGCGAGCAAGUCAUCGCACUCACCAACAAAGUCAAGAUACUCAAAAAACAAUUGGAAGAAGCCGAAGAAGUAGUAGCCAUAACGAUGAACAAGUACAGGAAAGCUAUGCAGCUGUUGGAGGAAGCUGAACGUCACCAUCACGACGCCGAGAAAUCAAUUGUCGUUCAAAAUGGCCCGAAAGGUAGCAGGUCCAUGUCUGUCACUCGUGAAGUCACUCGCGUUGUUAGAGUUUGAGACUUCCUGAGCUGGUAUCGAGAUUUGAAUCAUCUUCGAUAUUUUCAAACAUAACUCCUUUCAUUAAUUUAUUACCAAUUAACCACGUUGCACAUUACAUUUGUCAUUAUGGUUUACUAGUGUUUCAAUUAAAUAUUCUUUUUUACCGUUUCUUAAAUUCAGAAGUUAAUUUUAUCUCGCCUAUUUUUUUCAAUAAUUUCAUUAUUUUAUGUUCUCAGUAAGUGUGUGUAUAUACAGAAUGUAUAUAGACACAUGCUACGUCACUUAAAUCAAAGAAUUUAUAAGGUAAUUUAUAUUUUAUGAUUUCUUUGUGAAUAUUUUUCAUUUGUGGGUAUUAGGGGUGUGCCUACAGCCUAAUUAAUUAAUUAACUAAUUGAUUAAUUAAUUAUUCGUAACCAUUUUAAGAUCUGUCUUGAAAUAUGAAAAAAGAAAAAGAAAAAUGUUGUUUGUCUGGCUUC